CAGCUGGGAGGAGGAGGAGGAGGAGGAGGAGACUAAGUUCUCCUAUGCCUCUCUCCUAGGUCACCACCCCAGCAAUGGGAUCUGUUUGAGCUGGCCCUGCAGACCCCGGUUCCUCCACAUUCGGCUUCCCGGCCAGCUCCGUCCCGCUGCAAAGGGGGGCGCGACACUCUGAAAGGCGGGCUCCAGGAUCAUCUCGUCGCCUGAGAAACUAGCCCAGCAAGAAAAGCGUCUCCCACCCAAGAAAGCAAGAGCAUGACGGGCCUCAGCUGCCUCUCAGUGAGGAGAUAGCAGGCCGUUUCCCUUCCGCUGGGGUGCCAUCUGCUGUGCCUCUCAGCGGCUAGGCAGCAGAGGCUGGAUCAUGUCUGCCCUUCUUCGUCUGAUGCACCUUUUGGAGGGGGUCUGGCUGCUCAGCCCAUCAUGCCUGGCCUGUUUCUGACCUGCAAUAGAUAGGGCUCCCCUUGAUCCAAGGCUGUAACUGCUCCCAAUUGCAUGUCUGUGCACAGCGAGUCUGGGUCCAGCAUUCCCCACCGUUUGCCCAGUGGCAGUAGAUGAGAGAGCAUUUGCUAUAACCCAAAAUCUGAGAGGUGGGCUUGCCCCUAAGCCGCCAUGAGUCAAAGCACCAGCUCGCGCCUGGCAGACUCCCCUCAGCUCUCCAGGACCAGCCUCCUCAACAUCCUCGGCAGCGCCCAGCCCGAGACGAUGAGCCUGCCAGACUCCAUGCCCCCCACCCCGAAGAGUGGCACGCCCUCGCCGGGGCCCCCCCAGCUCCCUCUGCUGGGCGCCGUGUGUCUGGAUGGAGACUGGGAGAGCCGGGAGGAGCUCCGGCUGCGGGAGCUGGAGGAGGCGCGGGCCCGGGCGGCCCAGAUGGAGAAGACCAUGCGCUGGUGGUCGGACUGCACUGCCAACUGGCGGGAGAAGUGGAGCAAGGUGCGGGCGGAGCGCAACAAGGCCCGGGAGGAGGUGCGCCAGCUGCGGCAGAAGCUGGAGACCCUGACCAAGGAGCUGACCAGCCUCAAGCGGGAGCGGCAGGAGGUGCUGAAUGAGAACGAGCAGCUCGGCAAGGAGGUGGCACGGCUGAAAGGGGAGGGCGAGGAGGAGCGGGAGAAGGAGCUGGACAACAGGGUGGCCUCAGAGAAGGAGAACGAGGGCUCCCAAGAACAGGAACCCGUGCGGGAUGUGGGCUCCGAUAAGCUGAGUAAAAACAAGGAGUUCGAGCUGUUGGAAAACCUCCUGAAGAGCAAACAGGACGGGCCCGAGUGCUGGGACCAGAGGAGCUCAGUCAGCGUCCGGACGUCCUUCACCCGCCCAGAGAGGAACCGGCUGCUCUGGGAGGACAUGAGCGUCAUCGAGGAAGAUGCCACCAAAGUGACUGCACUGAAGCUGAGGCUGGAUGAGUCCCAGAAAGUGUUGCUCAAGGAGCGGGAGGACAAGCUGUCGCUCAGCAAGAACAUCGAGAAGCUGGAGGGCGAGCUCAGCCAGUGGAAGAUCAAGUACGAGGAGCUGAACAAAAACAAGCAGGAAGUGCUGAAGCAGCUAAACAUCUUGAAGGAGCUCCACCAGGAUGAACUAGGGCGGAUUUCGGAGGACCUGGAGGACGAGCUGGGGGCUCGCUCAAGCAUGGACAAGAAGCUAGCGGAGCUGCGCACGGAGAUGGAGCGGCUGCAAGCGGAGAACGCGGCGGAAUGGGGGAAGCGCGAGCGCCUGGAGACAGAGAAGCUGAACCUGGAGCGGGAGAACAAGAAGCUGCGGGCACAGAUUGAGGACCUGGAGGAGGUGCUGGCCCGGAAGCGCCGGCAGACGGCCAGCGCGCUGGACACUGACCUCAAAACCAUCCAGGCCGAGCUCUUUGAGAAGAACAAGGAGCUGGCCGACCUGAAGCACAUCCACAGCAAGCUGAAGAAGCAGUACCAGGAGAAGACGGCCGAGCUGGCGCACGCCAACCGCCGGGUGGAGCAGCACGAGGGGGAGGUGAAGAAGCUGCGUCUGCGGGUGGAGGAGCUGAAGAAGGAGCUGGCCCAGGCUGAGGAUGAGCUUGAUGAAGCCCAUAACCAGGCACGGAAACUGCAGAGGUCCCUGGAUGAGCAGACAGAACAAAGCGAGAACCUCCAAGUGCAACUGGAGCACCUGCAGUCCAGACUGCGCAGACAGCAGAACGCGCCGCUCUUUGGGAAGAUCCGGAGCUCUCGGUUUGGCCCCGACGACCCUGACGACGGGACCAGUGACCUGGAUGAAGACGAAGAGCUACAGAUCCAGGUUCCUUAGUGCCUGGUGCGCAGGGCCAAUGAGACUGUGGCUGGAGGAGAAGGAAGUGGCAGGCUGGACGCUUGGGGAGGAUAAUACUGGCAGGAGCCUGCUCCAUGGGCAGCACACGCUCCAGUCAGACAAGCCAAGAGCCGGCAGAGGACGCGUGCGGAUAUAGCCUCUGGCCCUGCUGGCCUGUGUCACCACCAGUCAUGGGGGGGUCCUAGAGAGAAACCCUGUGGCCAAGGGCCCAUCCCAGGGGGCAGGAUUGGUUCUACCCCAGUGGGUUUCGUAUACACAGGAAGCUAAAGCGCCAAAGAGUGGGAUGAAGAGAAAUCCCCAGGUGGCUGUUACCAGACGAUAACGAGAGGAGGGGCCAGGCUGCAGAGCCUGAAUUAGCCACCUUGGCAGAACAAUGGCAUUGGUGCCAAUUCUGUAUAAAUGAUGCCAACAGCUGAGGGGCUGUGAAGGCCAGUGCACUGGAUGGUACACAGUGCAGUCUCUACCCCUUCUGCCCCGCCUCGUCAUCCCUGCCCAGAAUGCCCUCUGCAAUUCCAGCCUCCUGCACAUGCCCUGCAGUUGGCCUGCCCCGUCCCUCCCUCCCCAGCUCUUUCCUGGCACAUGGCUUUCGCCUGACAGGCCCCAUCUCUGACACUUUCCUUGGUUCCAGCCUAACCUGAGAACAGUUUGCAUCUCAGCAUCACACGUGAAUGAACUGAGCCUCUCAACCGAUGACCUCCCUUUUACUGAUGGGGAAACUGAGGCACAGAGCAGGGCAGUGACUUGCCCAGGAUCAUGGACUCCAAGGCCUGCACCUCGGGCACUAGGCCCUGCCUCCUCCCCACGUGCCCUGUCCAACAACAGCCCCUCUCCCUCACUCCUGUUUGAACACAUGCACCUCAAAGCAUAAAGAGACAUUGCAACAAUACAUCGGAGAGCAUCCAAGGCAGAAAGCAGGCUGAGCUAACCCGGAUGAGCCUGGCCCCUGGAGCACUGACAGCAGGAGCCAAGUACACAGGAGCAAACCCUUCUAUUUUAUAUACGGAUUUUAUAUAUAUGUAUGUAUUUGUAUAUGUUUUAUAUUAUAAAUAUAGAGCUAUGGGCCCAGGCGA